CCAUUUGUUGCCAUAGCUUCAAAACUCGAUGUACAUAGCUUUUGCUUGAAACUCCCGAUGGAGCCCUUGCAGCAGCACCAUGGGAGUUCAAGGUCUUUGGGAUUUAGCUUCGCCUGCCGGGCAAAGAGUGAACUUCUCCGCCUUGGAAAACAAAGUGGUGGCAGUCGAUGCAAGCAUUUGGAUGUACCAUUUCCUGAAAGCCAUGCGAGACGACAAAGGUGACAUGGUGAAGGGUGCCCAUUUGAUUGGCUUCUUUCGGAGGAUCUGCAAGCUGUUGUACCUGAAGAUCCGACCAGUCUUCGUUUUCGAUGGCCCACCGCCAGCAUUGAAGUGGAAGACCCUGCAGCUGCGUGCCAAGCAGAGGGACUCGGAGGAGCGGCAAAGGCGCAAAGCUGUGGAACGCCUCUUGCGGAACCAACUGCAGCAGCACCUCCUUCAAGCGGCCUCUGCUGCACAACCAGGUGCAGAGGCACCGGCCGAGGCAGCGGACGCAACGAGGGCUGCAGACGAGGAUCUCCACGCCACUGAGGAGGCAGCUCAAGAUGCAGCGAGAGAGGAUGAUGACCCUCCGGACGCUGAAGAGGAGUCUGUCGAGGAAGCACUACCAGCAUCCUCUUCCAGAUCUCGCCGCCGCAACGGAGUGCCCGUGGCCUUCCGUGGCUUCAUGGCGCAGCGCCGGGGCAUCUCCCAGGUGCAGGUGCCGGAGCUCCCAUCGGAGCCACUGAGAGAGAUUCUGAACGUUCCAAACCGCCGCCCUCAUGGUCGAAUGAGACCGCCAGACGAAUGGAAGGGAUACAGCAUACCUGGCGGGGGCAUGGUAACAGUGCCUCUCGACGGCCCAGUGCGAUUGGAGGAAUUUGAGCAGCUGGAUCCGAAGACCAAGUACUUGCUGCUGCAGCGUGCGCAGGAGGCAUGGUUUGGCGAGUCGCGCCUGAAAGCCGUCGAGGCCAAAGACGACAUGGGUGCCUUUGUGAAUGUGCAGCUUGAGAUGUUCUUGCGGCACAUUCGAACCAACAAGGAGAUUGAGAAGGUAAAGCGGAGCAUGGCUGAGCAAGCCUCCCGUCCAGCGGGCGAUGAGCUGGCAGAUGGGGAAGUCUAUCGUGCACCAAGCUUCCUUCAGGCUGAGCGGGAGCAACCACAAGCAUCACAAGCCGUGGAAGAGUUUGGCCAGGUGGAGAGCGUCAUCGGCAACAAGGGGAAGGGAAAGCGUGGCCGACGGUCCAAGCGCCCGCGCCAGCUGGCCAACGAGCCCACCCGAUGGCAGCCACUCUCGGGAGUGGGCAUAAAGAGAAACUCCGAUCCAAUGGUUUGGUUCAGCGAGGCCCAAGAUGAGGCAGAAAGUCAUUCAGAAGAAAGCCACAGCCCCAAGGCAAAGCCACAAGAGGUUGAGACGGCAGAGGACUUGUUUGGCAACGAGUUCUUCGAGGCUGAGGAGGCUGCAAAGAGACGGAAAGUGCCAGAGCCGGAGGUGUUUCAGGUGAGGGCGUACGAUUGGCAGAGGGCAGGAUGGAGGGACACGGGUGGUUUUGUCACCCUGGCUGUCAGAGAUGUUUGGAAAGUUCAUGCACCAUCAGCAACAACCACUGACAGCUUGAUGGAUGACUCUCUUGCAGAAGCUUUCUCACCACAUCCUUCGUCUCCUCUCAGUGACGGCGCAGUCUUCGCUGACAUCGGAGAAGAAGACUUGGCACCGCCCUCCCCCUCAUUUGACACAGCAAUGGAUGAAGUUGAAGCAGUGGAGGUGUUCAGUCCAAAGCGGCAACCUCCCAGUGCUCUCGCGGCAGCAGCUUCGACGGAAGACACCUUUGAGCCUGCCAAUUUUCCCUCACCAGCAGGAGAGCCCACUGUUCCAGCUCAAGCCGUUUUUGUGCAAGACACGUUUGAGCCUGCCAAUUUCCCCUCACCAGAAAGAGAACCCGCUGUUCCAGCUCAAGCAGCUUUUGUGGAAGACACUUCUGAGCAUGCCAAUUUCCCCUCACCAGCAAGAGAGCUCACUGUUCCAGCUCAAUCAGCUUCUGUGGAAGACACUUCUGAGCCUGCCAACUUCCCCUCACCAGAAAGAGAGCCCACUGUUCCAGCUCGUGCAGCUUUUGUGGAAGACACGUCUGAGCGUGCCAAUUUUCCCUCACCAGCAAGAAGAGAGCCCACCGUUUCAGCUCAAGCCAAGACAGUGGCUGCGGCUGCUGCAGCUGCUGCGGCACCGGCGCCAAGACCAUCAAGGUCUGAUACAGAAGAUCCAUCGAAGAGUGUGUGGUGCAACACACACUUUCAAUAUCGAUGGCGUUGUCAUCAAGAUGGUGUGGCGCAUGUUUGCGACGCCCAGGGCCUGCAGGGACAAGGGACUUCAGCACCUUCUGCACAGGGCUCUGGAGGACGAGGAAAAGGACGUGGGCAUGGCCGCAACCGCGACCCACGUGGCGAAGAAUCAGCUUUGGGAGACGAAGAGUUAGAGGAGUUGGAAUUUCAACGCCUGGCCGCAGAACUUGAAGACGAGCACCGUGACUUGCGUGCAGAGGCCCGCAGAGCCAAGAGGGGUGCUGAUGUGGUGACCCCAGAGAUGCAGGCAGACGUCGAAGCUUUGCUGGAGGCGUUGGGAAUUCCCUUCGUUCACGCCCCCGCAGAGGCCGAGGCGCAGUGUGCCUUUCUGGCCGAGGCACACUUGGUGGAUGCUGUGGCGUCGGACGACUCAGAUGUUCUGGUCUUUGGUGCACGCGAAGUGUAUCGCCGGAUGUUCUCUGAGGACCAACAAGUCGAAUGCUACAGCAGUGCACGGCUUGAAGCACGACUGGGAUUGUUGCAAGACCAGCUGAUCGUUUUGGCGAUGCUCUUGGGUUGUGACUACACCUUGGGAGUGCACGGUGUGGGCAUCGUGAAUGGGUUGGAGAUUGUCCGUGCCUAUUCACCUGGCCGUGGCGCUGCCAAUAUUGAGGAGUGGUUGAAACGCUUGGAGACCUUCCGCUCCUGGGCCCAGAACGUGGCCAAUUGGGGCAAGGAAUCAGCUGGAGUUCAAGAUGAUGACAGCCGAGCCAUGGCAGAGUUCAAAAGAAAGCAUACCAACUUCCGAACGCAGUGGUCCUUCCCAACAGAUUUCCCGAGCGCUGCGGUGAUGACUGCCUUCCAGCAGCCAGAGGUCGAUCGGAGCUUGGAGCCCUUCAGUUGGGCAUCGGUGGAUGUCCAGCGAGUCGUUGCGAAACUUCAAGCGGCAGACCUCUCAGAGGAGAAGGUCCUGGAACGGCUGGAGCCUGUUUUGAGGCGUUAUCAGGACACCCUGCGACAGCCGCGAAUCACUGAGUACUUGCUACCUAGUGCUGGAGAUGUUGCCGUGGUUCGGUCCAGCCGCAUGCAAGAGGCUUUGCGCGGCUUGCGUGGCGAGUCGCCAGAGCAGGAGGAGUCAGGUGUAUCUUCCAAAGGGCCAAAGGGCCGACGCAAGGCAAAGUCCAUCCAUCUUGGAAUGCCAUACCUGGUGCCUCCUGCUCGUGGGCGUGCUUUGCUUUUCAGGUCCUACACAACUGCUGGGGCUCAUGACCCCACAGCACUUCAUGGCUCCUGUGCUGCGGGGCCAGAAGGGAAGAAGGUUGCUCAGAAGUGGUUCCGUGCAAGGCAGCCCUAGCUCCAGCUGCUGAUUGAAAAAGAACAAGUGCAGAUGUUUGAACAAGUAG